CCCUGUGGGGCGAAGGAACAAGCCCUACCGACCACGACCUCACUCUGACCCUCACGGCCGCCGUUACUCUCCGUACCACAAACACCCAGUGGCUGCUAGACCUGACACCAUGGCCCCACGUACAUCCUCACCAAGCAAUCUGUGCAGCUCGAACCCUCGACCUCAGGGUCCUGGCUCCCUGCUGGUCUCUCCCAUCAGCUCCCCCCUCGACUCAAGCCUCAGACCAGUCAUCAGCCAUCCCUCCGGACUCUGCCACCGUCCUCUUCCCGGACCCCACCACAUCCCUCCUCCCCCACCCUUCAUGCCUCCCGUGUACCGACCAGACAACGGACACUCAGGCAUGAUGCCUCCUGGACCCCCACCGCCUAACGGACACCCGCCUGGUCCAAUGAUACCACCCGGACAUCGACCUCAACCUCCUGGUGCUUACGGUCCCUCUUCCCCACACAACCGGUACCUUCCUCCACCUUCUCACUAUGGACCGGUGCCUCCUCCAUUCGGACCCCCACAUACCUACGUGCACUAUGGACCACUUGAUCACUUCAUCCCACUCCGACACCUGCCCCCUGGGGUGGCCCCAUUCCCUCCUCAUGUCGGCCCCAAAGACUUCCCUGUGCAGCCACAGGUCCCACAUGUCCAUGACUCUUCAGUGGGCCCCCAGCCCGGCGCUGAACCCCAGGGCCAGGGGCAAGACUACAGCUCCCAGCAGGCAACAGCUGCCCCCCAUGACUCAGUCAGCUCUGCCAUGGCAGAGCCUUAGACACCUGCCAACCGUUAACGACCUGGCUACAUUUAAUCAACCACGAUUCAUCUCUUUAUUUUUUCCUUUUUGUUUUUAAUAGGCUGAAAAUAAAUAUCAUAUGAUAUACUUGCAAACAACAGAAGUAUCUAAAAAGUUAGUGUUCCUAUUAAAGCAUCAGAAAAUCAAUGUCUUAUGUUUCGUGUCUGAAAUGUAAUAACGACUUGAAGAGGAGUAGAACUGAGGCUUGUUACUCUGCAAGUCCUAUUGUGCAAUAACAUUUCUAUUGUAUGACUGAGGAUUUUAAGUUUUUGAAAGGGUAUUAUGUUGAUUUUGUAUUCAUUUCACAAUGUUAUCAUGGUUUCCUGUGGAAAUUAUUGAAAAUAAAUGGACCCCAAGCUUUUGGGUUGCUUGAUCGAUCA